GCCGUCGCCGCCACGUGGGGAGCGAAUUUGAAUCGGCCGCCAUCGGCUUUUCGUCGUUGGUUUAAAGACACGCAGGACAGUGUGUCACUCGGUUUAAUCGUGACCACCGAUCGCACCGUUUCAACUAAAUUAAUCCAUCGUUGAUCGUCGUCCUCGGCUUUCGAUCAAACUUCAUUUUAAAUCUCGCUGGUUCAAAAUUACUUCCCCAAACAACGCGACGGUAGGAAAAAAGGGAAAACAGUGGCAAAUGAAAGGAGGAGCGAGAGGGAGAGACUAGAUCAGCGUUACGACGUCUAGUACGACGUCGAGCCGGCAGCUGCGGAGUAGGAGGAGGUUAGGAGGGAGAAAAAUCGAGAAGGAAGCGGCAAGUGUCACGAAGGGACAGUUGUCAGUAAGUGGUGGACCGUGGAGCCGAUUGGUCUUGUCAGUGGAGAGUCAUUGUGAACAGUGGAAACAGUGUGAACACUCAUCUUGUCGAAAGAUUAAGAAUAGCACCCAGUGAUCGAGGGGAGAUCUUGGUGCCGAUCGUAGCCGGAAGUACGUUGACCUUGCUCCCAGGAGCGACCUUGGAAAUUGGCGCCACUGUCGACCCCUUUGAACGGUUAUCGAGUGUAUCGACUUAUUCGCAUCGAACUUCAAUCCGUUCGAUCGGUCGAUUUAAAUUGUCCAGUGGACAGUGGAGGUUGGGUGCUUGUGAGUGAACGUUUGUAUCAUUGUUUUCCACGCUCUACUGAGAAGAGGUUGAACGGUUUAGAGGGAUAGCUUGACCACCUGCCCAGUUAAAUGGAAUGACUCAACAUGCGGCCUAGAUCACAAUUGCUGAUAUUCAUCCUGUUCUACGUGACGCGCGUCAACGCGGACUUCUUCAGCGAGAAGAAAGAACUGGUUUAUGAUUUAUUGGAGGCAGCGGUGGCAUCGACAGACGACAAUAAUUUGUACAUCGACGAUGGCCUCGAUGGAUUUCCAGCUUUUGGUUUCAAACCUGGUUCUGAAGUUAAACAACCCUAUCGAUUAUAUCUUCCUGAAAAACUUCCUGCUGAGUUUACUCUGGUGGCAACAUUCAAACCGACAUCCUUCAGGACCAGUUAUCUCUUCGCGGUUCUUAAUCCAUUUGAAACGGUGGUGCAGUUCGGAAUCCGAAUUUCGGACGGUCCAGGGACUAAUCAAAACGUUUCCCUAAUUUACACUAAUUCUGAUCAACAUUCACAUUCAGAGGAAGUGGCAAAAUUCACGGUGCCAAAAUUGACGAAGAAAUGGUCGAAAAUCGUCAUCAGGGUCUCGACAACCGACGUCACUUUGUACCUAAAUUGUCACGAAAUGGCGAAACAAAGAGUGACCAGGAUACCUUUGGAAUUAGUGUUCGACACUGCCAGCACAUUGUACAUCGCCCAGGCCGGUCCCCAUAUUCAAGAGAGAUACGACGGUCUACUGCAAUCGUUGAGGCUGUAUUCAGGACAUCCAGCAGAUUUGGUAAAAUGCACGGCCGACUUCAAUUUCGAUGUGGACGAGGACCUUGGCUCAGGGGAUAUCAAUAACGAGUUGAUAGACGGUUCAGGAGACGUUGACAUAAAUAUGACUGACAUCGGACGAGACGAUGACGAAGACAGAAGUGAGGAAAGCAAUCCGCCGCCAUUCAUCACACCCCCUCCUCCGAAUCCGGACUAUAAAGGACCUAAAGGUGAUAAAGGUGAUAAGGGAGACAAAGGGGAAAGUGUUAGAGGACCACCAGGACCCCCUGGUCCACCUGGUCAAGACGAGGGUCCACCUGGUAAGAAAGGAGAACCCGGCACCUGCACUUGCAACGCAAAAGCAUUGAUGGCAUCCUUUACAAUGCCAAAAAUGAUUCAAGGACCUAAAGGAGAGCAAGGAGUACCAGGACAAGAAGGGAAACAGGGGCAAAUGGGGCUGACGGGUGCAGCAGGACCACCUGGAGAGAGAGGACUCCAAGGACCACAGGGUGCUAAAGGUGACAAAGGAGACAUGGGAAUACCGGGACCGGAAGGUCCUCAAGGACAAAAAGGCGAACCGGGUCGUGACGGAAUACCAGGAGAAAAGGGUGCUCAAGGACCACCAGGACCUCCGGGAAAGGGUGAAUUUUCCAGCUAUGAUCCCAGUUGGAAACCCCGUGGCAUUUAUAGGACGGAUAGUAUUACGUUAAGACCAGGGCUGCCAGGCCAGAGAGGUGAAGCAGGCACUCCAGGAAGUCCAGGACCAAAGGGGGAAUCAGGAGUUGCUGGUGCCAAAGGUAACAAAGGCGAACCAGGGCACAAAGGAUUGAAAGGUGAUCAUGGAAAAGAAGGACCGAGAGGAAUUCAAGGAUUCAAGGGUGAACCUGGCGCUCCUGGAACACCAGGACUUCCUGGUGCGCCAGGUGAAAAUGGAAGGCCAGCUGAGAAAGGUGAUAAGGGAGACACAGGGCCAGAAGGAAAACCUGGUCCUCCUGGAGCACCUGGCCCACCAGGUCUAACUGGAGUUAGUGGUCCUGGAGGUGUAAAUGUUGGAGAAGCGGUGUUAAGAGCAAAAGGUGACAAAGGGGAAGCUGGCGCCCGUGGGUUCAAAGGGGAUAAGGGCACCAAAGGCGAGAAAGGAGAUAAAGGUGACUCUGGUCCAUCCGGAAUUCCCGGUGUGAAUGGUAUUCAAGGACCUCAAGGCAACAAAGGCGAGCCAGGCAAGGAUGGAGUUCCUGGAGGAUCGGGAAGCGUUGGAGCAAAGGGCGAAAAAGGUGAGAGAGGUCCACCAGGAGCCACAGCCAUAGCAAGCUCGGGCGAUUACAUCACUGUCAAGGGUGAAAAGGGCGCUGAAGGGAAGAGAGGUAGAAGAGGACGUCCUGGAGAACCGGGACACCCGGGACCUGUAGGACCACCUGGGAAGCCUGGAGUUAUGGGCGAAAUUGGAUUACCAGGAUGGGUGAAUAGUAUGAAAGGUCGUCCUGGAACUCCUGGACUUCCUGGACCUGUUGGACCGGUAGGACCCAAGGGAGAAAAAGGAGAACCCGGUACACCGAGCCCUUACGGAGUUUCCGUUGGUGUAAAAGGUGACAAAGGGGACGAUGGUUUCCCUGGAAUUUCUGGACAACCUGGUAGAGAUGGUCAAAGAGGACCUCCAGGACCUCCUGGACCACCUGGACCACCGUCGCAAGGGAACUACAUUCCAGUACCUGGACCCCCAGGACCUCCUGGACCACCAGGACCACCUGGGCUAUCUUUAAUUGGACAGAAAGGAGAGCCCGGAAUUGGUAGAAGUCAUAUCUUUGGUGAAAGAGAUUAUUACGGUGUUAGACAAGGAGCCAGAACUAGCCUGGAUGAAUUGAAGGCCCUUCAUGAACUGAAACAACUGAAAGAACUAAAGGAACACUUAGGUGCUGCAACCGCUGCAACCAGAGGUCCAUUAGAAAGUACAACAAAGAUUGUACCAGGUGCAGUAACUUUCCAGAAUACAGAAGCCAUGACAAAGAUGUCCGCUGUGAGUCCAGUUGGUACAUUGGCUUAUAUCAUUGACGAACAAGCGCUACUUGUUAGAGUGAACAAUGGCUGGCAAUACAUUGCAUUAGGUACACUUUUGCCUAUAACUACCCCAGCACCACCGACCACAUCGCCGCCCCCAGCGAAUCCACCCUUCGAGGCUUCCAACUUGAUCAACCAGAUACCCGUAAAAGCAGAUGGUACAGGGUGGUAUCCACGAAUGCUACGAAUGGCAGCUCUGAAUGAACCGUUUACGGGCGAUAUGCACGGUGUACGGGGGGCUGACUACGCCUGUUAUCGACAAGCAAAACGAGCUGGCCUAAGGGGUACAUUCCGCGCGUUCCUCAGCUCCAGGGUUCAAAAUGUCGACAGUAUUGUAAGACUCGGGGACCGUGAUCUUCCUAUCGUCAACAUAAAGGGAGACGUUCUGUUUAACUCUUGGAAAGAAAUGUUCAACGGGAACGGAGCAUAUUUCUCUCAAAAUCCUCGAAUCUACAGUUUCAAUGGAAAGAACAUCCUAACUGACUUUGCAUGGCCAGAAAAGGUAGCGUGGCACGGUUCCCAUAAAUUGGGAGAUCGGGCAAUGGACACCUACUGCGACGCUUGGCAUUCGAGUAGCUCUGAUCGUUACGGAUUAGGAUCGCCUUUAACAGGAGGACGCCUGUUAGAACAAGUUCGCUACUCCUGUGACAACAAGUUCGCUUUGCUCUGUAUAGAGGUGACCAGCGAGACCACAAGGAGGAGGAGGAACGCCGAAGUUGAGGAAGAGGAGGAUGAGAUGUCGGAGAACGAUUACAAGGAAUACUUGGAUGCUCUGAUGGAGAAUUAACUCAUCUCAUCCUGGCCCCUAAUUAUAACGUAAACAGCAGCAACAAACAAACAGUUUCGCUCGUUGUUGUGUAAAUAGAAACCGAGAUCAUCAUCUGUCUGAUGGACGAGUGAAAAGCAAUAAAAGGAAAUUAAGCAUCGUUCGAAUCGAUGAUGAAACACACUAUCAGACAUUGAUCAUCGAUGAUCUCGUUUCUAAAAAGCGUAAAAUCUGUAUCUGUAAUUCCAAAGGUUAUAAUCGCGAGUUAUUAGCCAACGCUUUACACGAAUUUUCGUUCUCUCUUUAAGAAAUAAGACUGAUCGUCUAAACAUCGUUCAUCAGUGUUUCAUAUCGAUUGCCUGUGCUCUUGAUCCAUCGCUGUCGAGUGCCGGAUUGAUCGAACGUGUCGGAAUCAUUAGGAAUUACCCUGCGUCACGAUAAACGUCCAGUUCUUAAACCGUUACUGUGAAAGGAGAUUCUUCGAAGCGUGGCCAAAAUUGGUCGCACCCCGAGUCAUAAUUUAACUGUUAAGAAAUAACGAAACAAAAAUGUAGGAGAAAAGUAAAAAGAACGUAAACUAAACGGGCUGCCGUAACGACCUAAAUAAAAAGUCGGGGUUCGUAUCCGCGAUCAAAUUGCAUUUACACUUUAGCCAAUACAUAUGGGUGUGUAUGUUAGAUGUAAGAAACCAGUCGAUUAAGAAGGAUUCCACAAAAGACCAUUAUUGAGUUUCUCCGUAAUUCGGAAUCCAGAUUUAUGCUCCUUGUAUCGUUCGUGAUCGAUGCAUCAGUAUGAUACGAAUUGUACAAUGAAUAAAGUUGCAGCUCGCAAAGGGAUAAAUUGCAAGUAAAGUCGUUAUAAAUAAAUUGGCCUAACAGGUGUGUACAAUUGAAGAAAUUGUCAGAACCUCUCAACGGUACAGUAUAUACUCUAUUGUGGAAUUAACAUGUUCGAACCCACUUGGGUAAAAAUUUAUCACAUUGAAGGAGAAUUGUUCUUUAAGAAAUCGUAAAGUCGUUCAGGAAUUUAAGUCUUACGAUACGUGAAGUUUAUAAUGGUCCAUUGUUAAGAGCUGCCGCUAUCUUAAAUCAUAAUUGGUAUCUGCUUUUACAUCGAGCAUAAAUCCAGUCUAAGUCAGUGUCUAUAAUUCAAAGAUACGAUAUAUUACUAACGUUAAAUCAAUUCAUUAUGAUUAAGUAGAAAGAUCGUCGGUUUAUACUUUUAAGUUUGUCAGCACGCUUGUUGGCGAAUACGUAUUUUGUAUCGGAGAAUGAAUAUCCCCCUCGAUGCCGUACGUAGAUCUUGACGUAACGUUAUAAAAUCAACUAUCCUUCAGUAUAAUUUGCACCGAGGACCGUUUCAUUUCAGAAUUUUGUAUUAUUUGUACACUUUAUUAUUGUCUUUCUAAAUAAAUGGCGAAAACUAUA